AUGCCGCCAAGAGUUCAGAAUAAAGAUUCAACAUCCGAGUCAGAAUCCAAAGCAACUUUGACCUCAAGGGCCGCAAACAAGGCAAGAAACGCGGUGGCAGCAGCAGCUCAAUUAGAACUAUUGUCGAAGCAUAUACACUCUAAUGGCCCGAAAGACAAGCCAUCGAUACACCCGCUGGAUUUUCAAAGUUUCAGUGAGGAGACACUCAACAACUAUCUGAGAAAAUAUAGCCUUAAUUACCCUGAUGUGCGCUCACUAAAUGAGAAUAUUCUCAAUUCUGAAAUAGGCAAGAAAACGUAUAGCUAUAAAAGAGCCACACAUGGGAACAAAAUUUCUAAACCAGAACUUGCCAGCAAUCUCCAGAAACAUUUUACACUGAUGAACAUAAGGGAAAAUGAAGUGAUUACAAACUUUUUGUAUCGCGUGAAGAACCAGGAUAAGGAGUUCAAGCUCACAUUUUAA